GCCGACGGACUCGAUUACAAUACUUUCUUUGCUUACGCUCGGGAAGUAAAAAUGACAUAACACGUCAAGGCACUCUACGUCAUAUUACUCCCACUGACCGCCAACCGACGUAAAUACAUAGUAUCGAAAUUGGUACUACGUUGAGCCGUUCUGCGGUCAGUGGCAGCACCACCUGGUCGUCCUUGCUGUCGGGACGCGCCACAGUGGAAACUCCACUGGCGUGCUAAUCGUUAGUACCAGAAAAGAAGAUACGUAUAAACAAAAAAACCCACGACCCCAACGGUGAAACCAACUUGACCUUCCUAUCGUCAUUACCGCUUGAAACAACUUGUGAACGACAACGUAAAUAAAACUCGUCAUCAGAAUGCAGUUUAUAGUAAAAAUUGUUCUUUUUUGUGCGACGGUAAAAGCUUUUGACUUCACCGAGUAUUCACGCAAGAGAAACAAAAGGGCAACAGAUCAGAACAAUACUUGCACACUCCCACCGCAUCCCGAGUUUGGCCGAUGGCAGGUUUACGAUCGCGAUUCCUCUGAGUUUACUCCGGGACAAACGGUACCAUCGCGAACAGUAUUGGAAGUGACCUGUCAACACGAUUACAGUCCAGAUAUUUCUGAGGCGUCUUCAACAUGCAUUCGUGGACAAUGGAAACCCAGAAUCGCGAGAUGUUUCAAAUCAUGCAAGACCCUAACCAGUACUUGGCUUAUGACAACAACUUGCAGCAUUAAUAGGAUUCCGUUAGAUUCUUGCGCUAAUGCGGUCCACGGAACAGUCGCUGAGUUUCAGUGCGCUCCGUAUUAUGAAGUCGUUGGGGAAAAAGAUCCAUUCAGGUUGUGUUCUAACGGGAGUUGGGGUGGCAGUUUGCCGACGUGUGUUCCUGUGUGUGGUAAACCUUACAUUGACCGCACUUUAAUCGUGGCGGGUUCUAAAACAAAAGUCGGAGAUUAUCCCUGGCAAGCAGCUCUGUACAGAGUAAUCGAUAAAGAAUUGAUCUGUGGAGGAAGUUUAAUAAACGAAAGAGUUCUCUUAACUGCGGCACACUGUGUAGCUGACGACGAAGGCAAGGAAUACCCAGAACAACUGUACAUGGUGGCCGUGGGAAAAUAUUACCGAGAAUAUAAUCACACCGAAGACAAAAACGCCCAGUUUUGUUCGGUGCAUAAGAUAUUUGUUCCGAGACAGUACAAAGCAUCUGUUCAGAAUUUCCGGGCUGAUAUCGCCCUCCUAGUAACAAACAACGCUUUCACUCUUUCCAUUUACGUGCAGCCAGUGUGUAUGGCAUGGAAAACGAGCAUCCACGAAAUGCUGACGGACCCUGACAGAACGAAAGAGGCUUAUGUCAGUGGCUGGGGUUAUACUGUGGAAUAUAAAGACGUUUCCGCGGUUCUUAAACAAUUGAAAGUACCAAUUGUUAGCGAAGAAGAGUGCACCAAGAGAUUAACUCCAGAAGAUGCACAAUUUUACACCGACGAUAAGAUAUGUGCCGGCUACAUAAAUUCUAGUCGUUCGGUGUGCAAAGGUGACAGUGGUGGCGGCUUAGUUACUUUGCACGAAGAUCGUUAUCACCUCAUCGGAACUGUAAGUAUUUCUCCGAGAGGAACCACCGAACAUGGCGGCUGUGACAGUCAACACUACAGCCUGUACACCAAAGUUUCGGAAUAUUUAGACAAUUUCAUUCACCAACCAGAGGAACGAUUUAGACCAAAUGCCACCUACAAGAUAGAUGCCAGUUGUGCCAUUCCAGUUUUAAACGAAUCAUUCAUAGCAACAUUUCAGAUUGUACCGCCCGGUCACUGCGUUUUGCCUCAACAUCCAGAGUUUGGAAACUGGAACGUUUAUUACGGAUUAGAUGAAUUUAAACCAGGACAAUCAGUACCAUCAGGUGUUAUCUUAAGAAUAUCAUGUGCCAGCAAUUUUAAAGUAGUUGGCAACAGUCAACUAACUUGUGACGAUGGAGAAUGGUCAGACGACAUUGGUCAAUGUUCGAAAAUCUGUCCUUCGUUUGAUACGCGAAUUUGCUCUACCAAUAACACGAUAAUCGAAGAGUGCAGACGAAGUGUCGAAGGUACCGUUACCAAGUUCCGAUGUGCUCCAUUUUAUGAAGACACGCAACUAGAAACGAAACCCUUCCGAACUUGUAGUAACAGUACGUGGAGUAAAGAACAGCCUCAUUGUCAACCAGUUUGCGGAAAAUUAUCAAUUUCAAGCAUUAACUCGACUGUCGAUGAGGCACUGAUGCCAAGAAAUUAUCCUUGGCAAGUGGGUAUAUUCACUGAAGAAUCAAACCGUCGAUUCGUAUUCACCGGAUCACUUUUAAGUGAAAAAAUUGUGAUAACUGUUGCACAUUUUGUUACGGAUGGCAACGGACGGCUAGGUCCAGCAGAAAAUUUUAUUGUGGGUGCUGGUAUGAUGUACAUGUUAUUAAAUGAUAUCAACGAAACUUACGCUCAAUAUUCCAAGGUGGAGGCCGCGUAUCUACCUGACCAGUUUAAACCAUUUGAGUACCACUCCGAUAUUGCAAUUUUGGUUCUAAGGAAAACAUUUGUUUUUUCGUCGCAUGUGCGGCCUAUUUGUCUAGAUGUCGAACAGAACUACAAGUUCGCCGAGAAUCAAGAGCUUUAUUAUGAAUUCUGGGCUACAGAGGACACGACUCUUGUGAAUAAAGCAAGGGACAAGAAGAUUUCUUCAGUGUCUCGGUCAACUUGUCAAGCUAAUUCAAUACAACGAUAUGGACACAUUUUUGCAGCAGACAAAUUGUGUGGUCGCCAUUUUGCAGAUGCCGAAUACAAAGGAAUUGGUGUAAUGCACAAACACAACGAUACAUAUUAUCUUGUGGGCGUUAUUUCCUGGCUAUUGGACAAUCAAUACAAAAAUUUCUCAGUCGUAGUUUACACGGAUAUUUCAAAGCACAUGGACUUUAUUGUAAAAAAAUUAAAUUUAUUUAGAGUAUAGGAGAUAGAUUCAGUAUUUUAUGAUGUUGAUUAUUUCCUUUCAUUUUUGAAAUAUUGCAUGAAUUUGGAGACAGGAUAUUUUCCAUUUUAUUACUUUAUUACGAGGUAAACCUGUACUUUUUCAGUAAUUGUUUCGUCUGGAGUGAAAAUAAAUAAAUAAAGCUUUUUCUUUAA